GCAGCAGCAGCGGCGAGGGCCUAGGGAGAGCUCAGGCCUAGGGAGAGCUCAGGCCUAGUUUCGGUGCUUCUUGGCGAUUUUUCGGUGAUCAUUUUGCUGAUUUCCGCUGUUCUCCUCUAGAGAGAUCAACAUGGAAGUACAACCAUCUAAUUCAACCAUGAUUGUCCAGGAACCUCCAACCGAAAAUAAUUAUAAAACUUGGAGAGUUCACUUGAAACGCUAUUUAUCCACUGAAGGUCUUUGGGGUGUUGUAUUGGGAGAAGUGCCGCCUGGUCCAGGUUCAAGCGGGGAGUGGACAAGAAAGAAUGAUGCAGUUCUGCGUGCAAUUCAAAUUUCAUGUGGAAAAGAAGCUUUCAGGGCGAUAGAUACUACCUCUUCAGCAAAAGAUUCUUGGAGAUAUUGAUGGAGUUGUAUGCUGGACAUGCGUUUGAGGAUAGAGAAGAGGCUGUACCACCUCAAGGUUUCUACAUCUUUUUUUAAUUAAAAUAUAUAUUUGCUUUUAAUAUUUAUGUCUCAAAAUAACUUCUGAGUCUUUUU